CGUCCGGAGACCCCCCCUCCCUCUCCCUCCCUCCCCCCCUAACAUGUGAGAUUAUCAGAAGCUGAUUUUCGCUGUGCGUCUUCGGCUUGCCGGCCAGGCCACCCCUGUUCGGUUUUACGGUAGCUCUCGGUUGAUCUCUAAUUUCCCACCCCCACCCCCCUCACGUCACCCCCCCAUUUCGACCUCGUCUGCGCAGGAGGAAAAAUGAAGAAGUUUAACAUCAGGAAGGUGCUGGACGGUUUGACGGCCUCCUCCUCCUCUUCCUCCGCGGCUCCGCAGCCGGGCGGCCGGGAGAACGACGUGAUCCACGAGACCCUCCAGUCGGAGCAUUUCCAGCUCUGCAAGACGGUGCGUCAUGGCUUCCCACACCAGCCUUCUUCCAUGACCUUUGACCCUGUGCAGAAAAUCCUGGCUGUUGGAACGCAGAGCGGAGCACUGAGGCUCUUCGGCCGCGCCGGUGUGGAGUGCUACUGCCAGCACGAGAGCAGAGCCGCCGUGAUUCAGCUUCAGUUCCUGAUCAACGAGGGGGCGCUAGUGAGUGCCUUAGCAGAUGACAGCGUCCACCUGUGGAACCUGAGGCAGAAGCUUCCUGCUAUCCUCCACUCUCUCAAGUUCAACCGUGAGAGGAUCACGUUCUGCCACCUUCCCUUCCAGAGCAAAUGGCUCUACAUCGGCACAGAAAGAGGAAACAUCCACAUAGUGAACGUGGAGUCCUUCACUCUCUCAGGCUAUGUCAUCAUGUGGAACAAAGCCAUCGAACUGUCCACCAAGACACACCCUGGGCCGGUAGUCCACAUCAGUGAUAACCCUAUGGAUGAAGGAAAGCUCCUGAUUGGAUUCGAGUGCGGGAUAGUGGUGUUGUGGGAUUUGAAGUCCAAGAAGGCUGACUACCGCUACAGUUACGAUGAGGCGAUCCACUCUGUAGCCUGGCACCACGAGGGGAAACAGUUUGUCUGCAGCCACUCGGACGGCACCCUGACCACGUGGAAUAUACGCAAUCCCGCCAAGCCUGCGCACAUCAUCACGCCACACGGGAAGCAGCCGAAGGAUGGAAAGAAGCCAGAGCCGUGCAAGCCUAUACUGAAAGUGGAAUACAAAACAACAAGGGCUGGAGACCCAUUCAUGGUCCUGUCUGGAGGGCUGUCCUAUGACACAGUUGGUAGAAGAGCCUGUCUGACUGUGAUGCAUGGGAAGAGCACCGCGGUGUUGGAGAUGGACUACCCCAUCGUAGACUUCCUCACGCUGUGUGAAACCCCCUACCCAAACGACUUCCAGGAGCCUUAUGCCGUGGUGGUCCUGCUCGAGAAGGAUUUGGUGGUGAUCGACCUUGGACAGAUUGGGUACCCAAUAUUUGAGAACCCCUACCCUCUCAACAUCCAUGAGUCUCCGGUGACCUGCUGCGAGUACUUUGCCGACUGCCCCACUGAUCUGAUUCCUGCACUUUACUCUGUUGGCUCUCGGCAAAAAAGACAAGGUUUCAGUAAGAAGGAGUGGCCCAUUAGUGGGGGCAACUGGGGCCAAGGUGUCCAGAGCUACCCAGAGAUCAUCAUCACGGGGCAUGCUGACGGUUCGCUUAAGUUUUGGGAUGCUUCUGCACUAAUGCUUCAAGUACUGUACAAGCUGAAGACCGCCAAGGUGUUUGAGAGGGCUCGGGGGAAGGAGGAGAAGCCCGCCACCGACAUCGUAGACGAGGACCCAUUCGCCAUCCAGACCCUCUGCUGGUGCCCUGAGAGCAGGAUGCUCUGCGUGGCCGGAGUCUCCGCCCACGUCAUUGUCUAUAGGUUCAGCAAACAGGAAGUCACCACCGAAGUGGUCCAGCUGUUGGAGGUGCGAAUGCAGUGUGAGCUGAGUGAAGUGGAGUCUCCUGACCCGGGGGGAGAACAGACACCGACCCUGCCGGCCUCAGGGGCCUUGUCCAGCCCGCAGGAUGGCGAGCCCCCUACCCCGACUGCUGCCGGCUGCACCUCCUUCGAUGGGCCCAAGGACAACAUCCCAUGUCUCCAGGUGCGCAGCUCCCCGCUGAAGCAGUCGGCGGGGUACCAGGUGGAGCUGAUCGUCCAACUGGUGUGGGUGAGCGGAGACCCACCACAACAGAUCAGCACCCUGGCAUUGAACUCUUCCUACGGCCUUGUGGUGUUUGGUAACAGUAAUGGUGUGGCCGUGGUGGACUACCUGCAGAAGACUCUCCUCCUCAACAUGGGCAUGUUGGAGCUGUACAGCCCGGCCGACCCCUGCCAGAGACAGCCUCGCUCCCCACGCAAAGCCCGGCACCCAUCCGGCGACAUUCCAACUGUGACGUCUUGCAUGUCGAGCCUUUCUAGCUUGUAUACAGAAUCUGUGAAAAAACUUCGCUCCUCUCACUUAACCCUCUGCGAUUCUAAUGAUGGCGCCGCCACCUCCGAGGACCGCUGCAAAUCGCCAACUUCAGGAUCUACCUCCCCCUGCAAUUCAGACGACGAACCAAAACAGCAAAAUUUCAUAGAUAAGGUGAAGUCCAAAAGCAGGCGUUUUUCCAAGACGGUUGCCAAUGACUUUGCCAAGAUGUCACGGAAAAUAAGCUCGCCUACAGAGCAAAAGCUGGACUUCGAUGCCAAGGAUCACCCCUUCAGCCGCUCACGCAGCUCCAGUGUGACCAGCAUCGACCGUGAGUCGCGGGAGGCCAUCUCCUCCCUCCUCUUUGGCGAGAGCUUUCCGCGGAAGACGGACACCGCUGCGGGCCCCUGCCUGCUGGUGGGAACCACGCAGGGCUCCGUGCUGCUGGUGGCUCUCAGCCUGCCGCCCGGCGGGGCCGACCAGCGGCUGCAGCAGCACAUUGGCAUCUCCUCCUGUGGCACUAUGACCCAACUCAAAGGAGGAGUUUUGACGAUAGCGCUGUUGGACGCCACAGGAGUACUGCUGCCUCCCGCUUAUGAGCCGUGGUAUGACCCAAACGCCUCCGACGAGGAGAAGGAGAAGACCCGGAGGCGCCGGCCACCCUCCCCGCCCUCCUGCCAGGAUGGCCAGGAAAGCCAGUAUGUGGUGGUGUGUUCAGAGAAGCAGGCGAGGGUGCUGGCCAUGCCGACCCAGACGGAGAUCCACAAACAUAACAUAACCGAGAGCUCCUUUGUGUUGAGGGCCGACGUGUUGCAGAUUGCCGGGACGAACUGCAUCGCCUGUUUCUGUGCCAACGGCCACAUCAUGACGCUGAGCUUGCCCAGCCUGCGGCCGCUCCUGGAUGUAAACUACCUGCCGCUGACGGACAUGAGAAUAGCGCGGACCUUCUGCUUCUCUAACCUGGGCCAGGCCCUGUACCUCACCUCCCCCACCGAGAUCCAGAGGAUCACCUACUGCCAGGAGACCUGUGACAACCUGCAGGAAAUGCUCGGCGAGUUAUUUACGCCUGUAGAAACGCCCGAGGCUCCAAAUCGAGGUUUCUUCAAAGGCCUGUUUGGCGGAGGCGCUCAGUCUCUGGACCGGGAAGACCUGUUCGGUGAGACGACUGCCGGUAAGGCCUCCCGCAGCCUGGCCCAGCACAUCCCCGGGCCGGGGGGCAUGGAGGGCAUGAAGGGGGCAGCCUCCGGCGUGGUGGGGGAAUUGGCCCGUGCCAGGAUAGCCCUGGACGAGAGAGGGCAGAAACUGGGAGAGCUGGAGGAGAGAACGGCGGCCAUGAUGGCGAGCGCGGACUCCUUCUCCAAACACGCCCACGAUAUGAUGCUGAAAUACAAAGACAAGAAGUGGUACCAGCUCUGAUAGUGCCACGUCGUGUUGCGCCACACAGACUCUGUAAUUACACGGAACUGCUCCCCCUCCCUCCCCUGAAGAGCUGCAGGGGUCCCUCUCCUCCACCUCUCCUCUUCAUCCUCUUCAUCCUCCUCUUCCUCCACUUUUCCCUCCAGGGGAAAGGCGGGAUGAGGGGGGAGGGGGUCGACGCUCAGCACAAUAUGGAGGCACUCUGUAUUUACCACAGUGACUGUAGGAACACUGCAGGACGAACGCCAGCAGACACCAAACAACCACACAGGACGUGGGGGGGGGGGAAAGGAUGGAUAUCUCUCCUUCAUGUCUUCUGAGGAGGACCGUUUUUCUCUCCAUCACUCUGCUGUCACGAGGAGAGGGAUCCUUUCAUUCCUACCAAGUCUUGCACUCGUGUGUGUGUGUGUGUGUGUGUGUGCGUGCGUGUGCGUGUGUAUGUAUAUAUAGAUGUAUGUAUGUAUGCAUAUAUGUACAUAUAUGUGUAUAUAUACAUAUGUCUAUAUGUGUGUAUAUAUACAUAUAUGUAUAUAUACACACAUGUAUUGUAUACAUAUAUAUGUAUAGUAUAUAUGUAUAUAUAUAUAUAUUUAAGAAAUGACUAUAUACUGCUGUUCUGAAAUAGGAAAGACAAUUCUACAAACGAUACUUGUGGUGGCCUGAUCGAAUUUUUUUAUUAUUAUUAUUAUUAUUUUCCUCUGCCAUUCUGAAUGUCUACCAAACACAGUGGAUGUCAGCACGAGGGGACGAGUCUGAAACCAGUCGAGUCUGUUGGUUUCUACUGGAUGAACGAAAGACUUGACCUCCGGUUCUGUUUUUGGCAAUUAAUUUGUGGUUUUGACUUCCGUUGGUCUGUUUUUUGUUGUUUUUUUUUUUUAAGGGAGGACCUGUCAAGCACUUACAGUAGUACAGUAGGAGACCAGGUGGGGAGAAGACGAGUCUGUCCUCCUGAAACAAGUUCUGGUUUUGUCUUCGGGUUGUUCGUUGGGUGAGACAGACGGCGGGGUCUGGUUUCAUGUCAGACUAACUAUGUACUGGAACAACACACGGCAGUAGAAAUGAAGUAGAAACCGCUCUGCUGGGCAUUAAAAUCAGAAGCUUUGUGUUAGUUGUUCGUGCGUCAGUUGAAUCAGGUGGUGUGCUUGAACGUGUGUACCUGGCGCUUCAUCGGGGUGAUGAGGAAACGUCAGGAGUUGGUGGGACCGACCGGGGAGCUCCUCAACCCGCAAGGCCUUACUGCUUCUCUGCCACACGCGUGUGGAGGAUCGUUUAUUCGCGAUGACUAAUUAGAUAAUUGUUUAGAUCACAUGCACGGUUUGUUUUGGCUCCGAGUCUCGCAGGCGUGUGACGCAGACUCGGUCAAGCCUGGUCAUGUGACAUCUGGUGGGCGGAGUUAGCCGCGUCUGCUUUUCAAAGAGGGCGGGGUCUAACUACAGCAAUCGGUGAAGCGUCUUUGGGGGUUGUUUUUUUUUUAGCUGUGAGUUCAGUGUGAUGCCAACAGUCGUCUGUCAGAAACACACUUCUCUCUGCCUGUGAGGCAGCACGAGGAGGCUGUGGGUGGGUGUUGGUGUUGGUGUGUGUGUUGAGAAAGAGAGAGAGAGAGGAUAGUCGUGUCUUCAGGAUAUGUGUGUGUGUGUGCGUGCGUGUGUACAGGUGUGUCUCCAGGAUGUGUGUUUGGGCGUUUAUUCAUCACACUACACAGACACAUUGCGUUGCUGCAGUAUCAUGAGAUAUGUUGUUUCAUUUCAUUUUGCUUGGCAAUGUUUUUCAGCCAGAUUCUGUUGUAAUCAGAUCUUUUUCUCUAAUGAAGUGUGAGGAUGUUCUGCCGUGUGUGUGUGUGUGUGUGUGUGUGUGUCCCCACGUGGGGGAGCAUCUUCCGUUGCCCUCUCCUUUAGAAAGGACAAAGUACAUUUGUGUCACUCCAGAUUGCUGCCAAAGGCAAACGACAAGCCAGCGGGGCGGUGCGGGCCGCCCGACGUGUUCCCUUCUGACACCAAAGACUUUGUUUGUCUUGUUCGUGUCUUGUUUUCGCCCCCCGAAUGUCAGCAUCAGCAUCCGUCCGGUACUCCUGUCAGACAUCCGGGGCUCCACUGUGUGCAACAAAACCAAAUGGGCUGUGACGUGUCGGUGCCGCCGCGCCGCCGUCCUGUUAACUGCUGUACGCUCUGGUUCAGGAAGCCGAGGAGUUUUAUUCUGAAACGGGCCGCCGGGUGCCAAGGCGACCGGCGAUCGCCGGCACGCAAGCGGAAGUCAUUAUUUAUUAAUAGUGAUGCUGUUCGGUAUGUUUGAGACCGUAUCAAGUAGAGGAUGUGGUUCUGGAGGAUUCUGGAGGUAUUGGGUUUAGAUCUGUCUUUAAAAUGGACUAAAACGCUUCAUUUUUAGUUGCAGGACUGAACCUCGUUGUAUUCUGCUUUGUACUACUGAGACACAUUUGGAAAAAGCAUUUGAGUGGAUUUUGCACUAUUUUUUUUUUUGUACUUAGAAUAAUUUUUGUCUGUAUGAUUUUGGUGUUUUUGCUUUUCUCUCCGUUCUUGAUCUUUGAAAGGACCAAAUCAUGACAGAAUUUAUGCUUAUCCGUGUCAUUUGUCAUGCUGACCGCUUCACUCUCAGAUGAUUUUAAUGUCACUUUAACGAUGUUAUAUUUCAUCGCUAUGUUAAAAAUAAAUCAAUUUUAAUGUAAUUUUGGGUUAGAGCGAUACAUUGCUGUCCUAACGAUGGUUAUGCAUAAUUUCCCAUUAUCCAGACAUGAAAAUGAAGGUUUUCUGGUCACGUCAGAAUCGUUGUAACCUCGGAUUCAGGCUUUGCUGUACUUGCAGAGGGGUCCUGGUGGGCCGCCGAAGUCUUUCUGCAAACUGCAGCCUCGACUAGAAAUGCAACAGUGCAACGUAUAUGUCCUAAUUGGUCUUCUUAUUGCAUAUUGGAGGAUGCAUGAUAAGUGUUUACAGGACUUGAAAAAACCACGUAUUAUCCCUCUUGGAGAUUUGUCUUCUGGCAUUUGUAUACACCACCGAGUUGAACAAAACGCAACAGCACCACAUUUCCAUUCUGAACACGUCACUGUUGCAGGUGACAGGUUAUAUGUAUUCCACUGGAUAUAUACUGGGACGUUUCCGUUGGCUUCACGUAAACUCUCCAUGCAAACUCUGGUACCCUGUGCUGUGUAAACGCAUUGAAAUCAAUGAGGCAGGCCUGCAGAGCUCCACGGGAGAGGUCAAAGGUUUCUCAGUCGCCAUUCCUCCAUGUUUCUCUGUCUUCAUGGACGAAUAUCGGUGGAGUUGCAGUAUUUUCUCAUUGUAGACAAUUUUGUACAGUUUUAUUAAAGGAAAAAACAAAUUUCACAUGGAUGUCCGACUUAAUCUGCUGCCACAAUUUAGACCCGAUGUAGAUAAUACAGUAUAUAUAGAGAUAUUAUUGUGCAAUGGAAAAUAAAUGUAAAA